AUGGGUUGCUGCGGCAGUAAAACCCUACCACCGUCUGAUUUCGUGCAAGGCACGGUAUUAGGGAAGCCAUUGGUAGAGCUCAACAAGCUUUAUAGCAUCGGUAAGGUACUUGGUAAAGGCGGUUUUGGUACAACUUACUCGUGCCAAGAGAUUUCAACAGGCAACACUUACGCUUGCAAAUCCAUACCAAAGAGGAAGCUAAUCAGAGAAGAAGACAAAAAAGCAGUGAAUACAGAGAUUGAGAUCAUGAAAGAUCUUUCAGGAGUUUCCAACAUCGUACAGAUCAAAGGUUCUUACGAGGAUAAGAAAUCUGUACACAUUGUGAUGGAGUUGUGUAAUGGUGGUGAGUUAUACGACAAGAUUGAUGCUUUGGUUAAGUCACAUAGCUACUACUCGGAGAAAGAUGCUGCUGAGAUCUUCACUUCGAUUGUGAAUGCUGUCCAGAUUUGUCAUUCGGCGAAUGUUGUUCAUCGAGAUCUCAAACCCGAGAACUUUUUGUUUUCGAGUGAUGAUGAUAAGAAUGCUAAGCUCAAAGCAAUCGAUUUCGGGUGUUCUGUUUACAUCAAAGACGGAAUAGAAUUGAAGGAUAAAGUCGCGAGUCGAUACUACGUCGCUCCUGAAGUGUUACGAGGGGAAAGCUACGGGAAAGAGAUUGAUAUUUGGAGUGCAGGUGUUAUAUUAUACCUCCUACUUAGCGGCGCACCUCCAUUUGUGACUGAUUAUGAUAUUAUGAAAGGCAAACUUGAUUUUGAGAGCCAGCCAUGGCAUUCUAUAUCUCCUGGAGCGAAAAACCUUAUCGAGAAGAUGCUCAAAAAAGACCCAAAAGAACGAUGCACUGCUCUAGAUGUUCUUAAUCAUUCUUGGAUCAAGAACGAAGCUCCAGAUAAGCCUAUUGAUAAUGUUGUCUUAUCACGUUUGAAGCAAUUCCGAGCUAUGAACAAGCUUAAGAAGCUAGCUCUUAAGGUUAUCGCUGAGGGUCUAUCGGAAGAGGAAAUCAAAGGUCUUAAGAAAAUGUUUGAGGAAAUGGAUACCGACAAUAGCGGGUCAAUCACUUAUGAAGAACUGAAAACCGGGCUGGCUAAACUCGGGUCUAAACUCUCUGAAGCUGAAGUUAAGCAACUCAUGGAAGCAGCUGAUGUGGAUGGUAAUGGAACAAUAGACUACAUCGAGUUUAUUUCAGCUACAAUGCAUAGACACAGAUUGGAACGAGAUGAACAUUUGUACAAAGCAUUCCAAUACUUUGAUAAAGACAAUAGCGGGAAUAUAACGAAGGAGGAAUUGGAGAUAGCCAUGAAGGAGCAUGGUAUGGGAGAUGAAGCUAAUGCCAAAGAAAUAAUAUCUGAAGUCGAUAUAAAUAAUGAUGGGAAAAUAGACUAUGAGGAAUUUUGUGCGAUGAUGAGAAAUGGCAACUUGCAGCCACAAGGAAAACUUGUUGAGAUACAUUGA